AUGAAAAACGAGUUUCGAUAUAAUGUGAUAGCUGAGAGUGCCACCUCUGGUGUCUUUGUUCAGAAUCAUCUCAAAAAUACUUCCAACAUAAUAAAUCGCAAAUUACACUUCACGUACAACAUAAAGAGGCGCACAAACAGCACCGAACUCACUCAACAUAAAAAGGUUAGUGCACGAAUAAGAAUGUUACAAAACGUCAUUGUGAUGCAACUAUUGAAUGAAUCCCACUUAUCACAUUGCUUAGUUUUGUUAUCUGAAGAUGUCACGCAAUAUUUCAGAAUUAAAGCUUCACUAUUUAAAUUGUUGCAUGCAGCACUUGCCAAAUGCACCUAA